AUGCUUCUGUGGGUCUGUGUGGCUCAUUGGAGGGAGUCAUGGCUCACAGGGAGUGGAAGGGAAGUUGCUGGACCCUCACGCCUGUAGUACCCCCCCCGCCUCAGUCUUCCAGCCUCCAACUCAGGAGCCCAGAGCUCUCUGAGAUUCUGAGGAGGUUGGUACCAGGAGCUAGAAGUGACUGCAGCCAACUUGGCUAUCUAGAUAAGAGCUCCUCUAUUGUUGGAGGUCCCAGCUGCACCUCUGGGGGACAAGCUCCGUUGAAUAGGACGAUGACACCAUCCCUACCACCCUCAUCGCUUCCCUCACUUCCUAGUGAGAAGACUGAUGCACCACAGACGGUUCCUGAUGUUUACUUCGGAGAAUGUCUGACGGGGACACAAAGGCAGAGCUCUAGUGGUGGGGUGACUCUCACACCUGGCUGUUACAGCCACCAACAAAGUCACUCACGCCCUGUUGAUGCGGCAAAGGAAUUGGAUAAACCUCUGACUUCAGACACAAGUGGCAGAUGGUACCGGAGAUCUUCCGCAGGCCCUACAGAGAGUGGACGGCAAGGAAAUGGAGUUGAAAUGGUUCAGACAAGGCUCAUGGCUAAACAAGACGGCUCACUUCUGCUGUCCAAGGUACGCGGAGUGGCCGCAGAGAAAAAUGCUCCCCAGCGCCGUUUGGACGGGGAGCUGAAAACAACAGACGCCACUGGUGCCCGCAAUCAAAUCUGGAGCGAUGUUAGGUGUAUGGAUGGCAGUGAUCUGAGUGCCGCUGAACCUCAGCUGGGGACGGCUGCCGAGUGUGCAAUGGUUCUGAUUUUCGCCGACCAAUCAAGUCAGCUCCGAGAACAAAAGGCAAAACCGACAAAGCAAGUUACCGAGAUUGAUGGUGUCUGCGUGGCUGUUGCUGGGGAAGAAAGCUCGAGUCUCGAUUUCUUUUUUCUCCCCCUCGAUCCGAAAAAUCAGUCACUGGAUGAGUGGUGCAAAAAACAGCUGCUGCAUCUGUUGCUCCAUACCAGAGUCAUCUGCUACAAUGCCCAGGAGAUCCUCACUACUCUUAUCAACCACUACCAGACUGCACUCUUCUCCUGGCAAGUUUAAUUAACCAAUCAAUUUCACCUCUUUUAUUAUCUAACCCUCUUUUUGAGUUUAUCUCUUGAGGCAAGAGGUGUUGAAAUAUCUUGCUUGAUAUCCUGGCCAUAUGUUGUCCCAUUGAUGGGACCAGACUACACACGCAGUAUGUCAUGACUCCCACCUUGAACCCUGAAAAAAAAACUGUUUUGCACGGUGCACGAUCUAAAGGAACGAUUUGCUGUGAGAGGUGUGGCUAAAGUGGCGGCCGCUGGACGUGAAAGUUGGGGCGUGGCUCCUCGACCCUGAUGAUGCUCCAGACAACUUUCACCAGACUCUCUCCAGGUUCAACAUACGACAGCCGUCUUCUUCUACCAGCCACGCUCAAGACCAGGUGUGUUUUGAUGCGCUUGUUUGCCAAGACAUGUCCCUGCUCGGACCCCUAAUGGUUGCUCUCUACCACCGACUUGUAGAAACCAACCUAUGGGAUCUCUUUACAGAAGUGGAGACAAAACUCGUUCCUAUUCUAGGCGCCAUGGAGGCUACUGGUGUUCAGGUGGACACUGAGAAACUCUUGCACUUUGAUGAACUCCUGAAGCUCAGGAUAGCUCAUGUAGAAUCCACUGCUCACAAGGCUGCAAAGAGAGUGUUUUCCAUCAACAGCACUCAGCAACUGCGGAAGGUACUAUUUGACGACCUGCAACUGGACAAACAGUGUGCUAAGAAACUCUCCAAAACCAACAUCCUCAAACACAAGUCCACGUCAGAGUCUGUGUUGCAUCAGCUUCAAGACCUACACCCCCUUCCCCGUCUAGUUCUCGAGUACAGACAGCUUUGUAAGAUGAAAGCUACCUACAUUACAGGCCUCCUUCCCUUCAUAUCUGAGGGAGUGCUUCACCCAUGCUGGCAGCACACUGGAGCAGCAACAGGGCGUCUGGUGUCCUGCAGCCCAAACAUCCAGGCCUUCCCAAAGCAGCCAAUCCUUUUAGGAACAGUGAAAACACAUGUUGUCGGAAAGGAGGGGGAGAAGCAGAGUGUUGAAGUGCGUGGAGCUGUUGUUAGCCGAGACGGAUACAUGUUUGUGUCCACAGAUUUCCGGAGCAUCGAGCUGCGGCUGCUGGCACACCUGUCGGGAGACCCUGUUCUCAUUUCCGCUCUCACCACUCAGCCCCAACACACCUCCAGCUGCGACGUGUUUGCCCAUCUGGCAGCUCAAUGGCUGGAUAAGAGUAUAGAGAAUGUGACGGGUGGAGACAGGGAGAGAGCAAAGAGAGUUGUCUAUGCAAUAGUCUAUGGAGUUGGUAAGGACAAGCUGGCUGAAAUACUCGGCGUGAGCCCAAACGCAGCAAAGGAACUAAUGACCAGUUUUCUGAGUAGAUUCUCUCAGGUCAAGAGUUACAUGCAGAGAAUGAUCAAUGAAGCGAGGAGAAAAGGCUAUGUGGAGACAAUAUGCCGUCGGAAACGCUGGUUUCCUCAUAUUGACUCUGGCAACCCUCACCUGCGAUCUUACUCUGAGAGGCAGGCCAUCAACUUCCCCAUACAAGGUUCUGCAGCCGACUUGUGCAAAUGUGGAAUGGUUCAAACGCUGCGGAUGUUGGCUCGAGAGAGCCCACAGACGAGACUUCUGCUUCAAAUCCAUGACGAGCUCCUGUUGGAGGUCCCCAAUCAACAUGUAUCACUAGUCUCAGAAAAGGUGAAGGAAGUGCUUGAAUCGCCUGACUUGAUUCCCUCGUGCAAAUUGAAGGUUCCACUGGAGGUCCGCGUAACAGUUGGAGAUAAUUGGGCAGCAGUUAGUUCUCACUAGGACCCAUCCGUCUGUCUUGACAGUAGACAGAUCUACAUACAUACAUAAAGCCAUUGAAUGGCUUUCAAUGUCUUGUUCAAUAGACUAAGAAUACUAUGGCUUUCUGUGUCUUGUUAAUCAGUGCCGUGUGUUGAUUCUGUAUCGUGAAACAAUAGUGUCACCAAGCUAUCAGUGGACAAUGUUCACACGUUGCAAUAAUCUAUAAUGAAUUUUAUUAUGAUGAUGCUCAACGAGAG